GCUGUUUCUGCGUGGCCAUGGACUCGAGGGUCCGCAUCUUCAGCGUGGAGCCCCUCAUGGAGGGACACCUGGACAUGGAGCAGGUGGGCUCCGUGGGGCUCGUGGAGAUGCUGAACCGCUCCAACCUCCUGGCGCUCGUGGGGGGGGGGAGUCACCCCAAAUUCCCCGACACCUCAGUGCUGAUCUGGGACGAUGCCCGGGAGGGGAAGGACAAACUGGUGCUGGAGUUCAGCUUCCCCAAACCAGUGCUGGCCGUCAGGAUGAGGCACGACAGGCUGGUGGUGGCCCUGCAGAGCCGCAUCUACGUCUUCUCCUUCCCACACCGGCCCACCAAGCUCUUCGAGUUCGACACCCGCGACAACCCCAAAGGGAUCGUGGAUCUGUGUCCCAGUUUGGAACGGGCCUUACUGGUGUUCCCGGGACACAAGUGUGGGAGCCUCCAGCUCGUGGACCUGGGCUUGGCCAAGCCGGGCACGUCCUCAGCCCCCGUGACCAUCAACGCCCACCAGAGCGAGGUGGGGGUGGUGGCCCUGAGCCCCCCCGGCAGCAUCGUGGGCUCGGCCUCGCGCAGGGGCACCCUGAUCAGGCUCUUCUGCACCCAGAGCCGCGCCCGCCUCCUGGAGCUGAGGAGAGGAACUGACCCUGCCACCCUGUACUGCCUGGCGUUCAGCCCCGACUCCUCGUUCCUCUGCGCCGCCAGCGACAAAGGCACCGGCCACGUCUUCGCCCUGCGCGACACCCGGCUCAACCGGAGAUCCGCGCUGGCUCGGGUGGGGAAGGUGGGCCCCGUGCUGGGUCCCUACGUGGAGUCCCAGUGGUCCCUGGCGAGUUUCACCGUCCCGGCCGAGGCCCCGGGGGUCUGCGCCUUUGGGAGGGGGGGGCGCAGCCCCAGCUCUGUCAUCGCGGUGUGUGUGGACAGGACGUUCCAUAAGUACGUGUUCAGCCCCGACGGCAACUGCAGCCGAGAGGCCUUCGACGUCUUCCUCGACAUCUGCGACGACGACGACUUCUGACCCCCAAAA